AUGGUAUGUCUGAUUCCCCUAAACCCGUGGAUUUUCGUCCCAUUUCGGUUCUUAGUGCCAUUUACCGCUUAUGGGCAAAAGCCCGUUUCAACCUUUCUCUUGAAUGGCAGGAACAGUGGUGUCAUAAAGAGGUAUGGGGUUGUCGUAAACAAAGAGGGGCCGAAGCCAUGUGUCUUCAGAUUGCACUGCGUCUGGAGAAGUGUGCAGUUGAACAACAGUCCGCGGCAGGAGGAGUCGCCUAUGAUUUCCGCAAAGCAUUUGACCUGGUCCCCUUCGAGCUGCUUUUCAGACAUCCCAACGACGAUGUUGUGCGGCGGAAGGGUGUUGGUUGAGCACGCCCCGAAUGGAGCUUGUGUGCUUUCGAGGGCACUUGCUCCACCAAGCCCCAACUUCUGGGAUCCUGCUGGCUUCACUGCCGAUGGCAGCGUUGAGAACUUCCAGCGACGUCGUCAGACCGAGCUGAAGCACGGCCGCAUCUCCAUGUUGGCCACAAUGGGAUACAUUACCCCUGA